AUGCUCUCUCCCCACUCCUAUGCCAACAUCUCCUUCUUCCAGCCACCUGCUUUCCUCAUGAUUGGCAUCCCAGGGCUGGAGGCCAUACAUGGCUGGAUCUCCAUCCCCUUCUCCUCCAUGUACACUGUGGCUCUCACAGGGAACUGCCUGAUCCUGCUGGCUGUGAGGAGGACUCCCAGCCUGCACCAGCCCAUGUACUUCUUCCUGUCCAUGCUGGCCCUCACCGAUGUGGGCCUCACCUUGUCCACACUGCCCACCACCCUGGCUGUGCUCUGGUUUGACCAUCGGCUCAUUGGCUUCAACACCUGCCUGGUCCAGAUGUUCUUCCUGCACUCCUUCUCUGUGGUGGAGUCCUCGGUGCUCCUGGCCAUGUCAUUUGAUCGUUUUGUGGCCAUCUCCAAUCCCCUGCGCUAUGCAGCUGUCCUCACAAAUAAUGUCAUCCUCAGGAUUGGGCUGGCCAUCAUGGCCCGUGCUACCUUGUGCCUCUUCCCUGUGCCAUUUCUGAUUAAACGCCUAAACUUCUGUUCUGGCAAGAACUUCCUGUCCCAUUCAUUCUGUUUCCACCCUGAUGUGAUGAGAAGGGCCUGUGAUGACAUCACCAUCAACAUACGCUAUGGGCUCUAUGUGGUACUGUCCACAGGUGCCAUAGACUCUCUGCUCAUAAUUUUAUCCUAUACUCUCAUUCUGCACACAGUCAUAGGUCUGGCCUCUCCCAGGGAGAGAGUCCGGGCCCUCAACACCUGUGUUUCCCACAUUCUGGCUGUAUUUGUCUUCUUUAUUCCAGGAAUCACCAUGUCUAUGAUCCACCGUUUUGGAAUGCACCUGCCCCACAUUGUACAUGCCCUUGUCGCCUAUGUGUACCUUAUGGUGCCUCCUGUGCUCAACCCCAUCAUCUACAGUGUGAAAUCCAAGCCCAUCAGGGAGGCCAUGCUAAGGGUCCUGAAAGGGAAGGGGCAAAACUAA